CACUUCGUGUGAAAAAAAAUCAAGUAAUUUAAUCUCAUUUGUGUGUGCUAGGUCCUUGAUUUUUCUAUAUAUUGGCUCUAUCAUAAGAUGUGUAAUAUACUCAGUUAUAAAAGAACGGAGCAAGUAUAUAUGAAGAUGAAAACUAGUAGUAGAACAAAUUCUACGUUUGUAUUAUUUGCUUGUUUUUCGAUGUUGUGCAUCUCUCAACUGGCCAACGUUGUUGUUUGUGAGUGUAGCAAAAAUAUGGUGAUUUUUAAUUUUGGAGACUCAAACUCAGACACAGGUGGUUACGCGGCUGCCCAUGGAAUCAGAUUUGGAUUUCCAGAUGGUCGUACCUUUUUUCAUGAUCAGCCAUCUGAUAGAUUAUGUGAUGGACGAAUAAUUCUUGACUUCCUUUGUGAGAGUCUGAACAUGAGUUAUUUGAGUCCAUAUCUGGAAUCUGUAAAACCAAAUUUCAAUAACGGAGUAAAUUUUGCAAUAGGAGGUGCAACUACACUCCCUAAAAAUGCUUUAUUUACUCUGAGUACUCAAGUUCUUCAAUUUAUAAGGUUCAAAGCGCGGUCCCUUCAGUUACAAUCCAAAGGUCUGAAAGACUUGGCUGAAGAAGAUUUCAAGAAUGCAAUUUACAUGAUAGACAUAGGACAGAAUGAUAUUGCUAAUGCAUUCUCGUACCUUUCACAAGCUUCUCAAGUUCUCGAAAAGAUCCCUUCUUUCAUAUCUGAGAUUCAAGCUGCAAUCUGGGGCAUAUACAAUAACGGUGGGAAGAAUUUCUGGGUUCAUAACACAGGACCCUUGGGUUGUUUGCCACAGAAGCUUGCCACAAGAAAUGGGAGCAAUUUGAACGAUUAUGGAUGCAUUAAGUCUAUGAACGAAGCUGCAGAUGCAUUUAAUAAUCAGUUGCGCGCUCUUUGUGAACAGCUGAGGCUCCAAAUGAAAGACGCCACCAUUGUGUAUGUGAAUAUUUAUGCCAUCAAGUAUGACCUCAUCGCCAAUUCUAGCGCUUAUGGAUGGGUAUCAAAUUUAGAGCAUGAAAAUAUAAUUGGGCCCAGCUUUAAAUGGAUUGGGCUGGGUAUAUAUCCACUGACGGAUCAGAAUGGCGAUAGCCCAACAUAGCCAUUUUAAAGCUUGGGCAAAUUUGAGCUCCAUCCAUAUAUAGCCCAAAUAUUUUUGAGGAAACUUAUCAAAGCAUUGAAAAUGGGCUUUUUUGAGUUUCAUUUGCGUGAUUAUGUCAUGAUAAAUAAAGAAAAAGCUCUUAGUAGUUGAUUUGGUAUGUAAACAAAUAAAGAAAUUGAAAAUAUUUUAAGUUGGGUGGAUUGGAUUAUAACAAAUAAAAAAUAUUUUUAUUCAA